AUGGAACAAAAGCUCUCUUACACCCGCUUCACCAACGUGCCUGAGCCCGCUUCUCCAGCGUCGCAUUGGUGCUUCGGAGCCAGACGCCUGCCAGGCCCUGGUGCCCAGGGGACAUGGCGGGGGCAGGGGACGGGGGUGGGGGGGAUCCUCAAUGUCUGCCCUCAGAAGAUGCCCGCAUCUGAAGGAGAACGGUACCACAACACAGGUAUUGCAGGAAUAACUGAAGCAGUUAAGGAGAUUACACUGGAAAGCAAGGACCGUAUAAAACUCCAAGAUUGUUCAGCACUAAGUGAAGAGGAAGAAGAGGAAGAUGAAGGAGAAGCUGCAGAUAUGGAAGAAUAUGAAGAGAAUGGAUUGUUGGAAACAGAUGAGGCUACCCUAGACACAAGAAAAAUAGUAGAAGCUUGUAAAGCUAAAACUGAUGCUGGAGGUGAAGAUGCUAUUUUGCAAACCAGAACUCACGACCUUUACAUCACUUAUGAUAAAUACUACCAGACACCACGACUAUGGUUGUUUGGCUAUGAUGAGCAACAGCAGCCUUUAACAGUUGAGCACAUGUAUGAAGACAUCAGUCAAGAUCAUGUGAAGAAAACAGUGACCAUUGAAAAUCACCCUCAUCUCCCACCACCUCCUAUGUGUUCAGUUCACCCAUGCAGGCAUGCUGAGGUGAUGAAGAAAAUCAUUGAGACUGUUGCAGAAGGAGGGGGAGAACUUGGAGUUCAUAUGUAUCUUCUAAUUUUCUUGAAAUUUGUACAAGCUGUCAUUCCAACAAUAGAAUAUGACUACACAAGGCACUUUACAAUGUAA